AUGAGGCCGCUCGAGAGGGAAGGAGACGGUUCAGGCUGGACCCCAUUGAUGAUCGCAGCCAGUCUAAAGAACGCCGAAGGAGAUCCCAUCAUCGACCUACUCUUGAAAAAGGGCGCAGACGUAAAUGCCAAGAGUAACUCUGGACAGAAUGCUCUCCACUUCGCAACCUCCAAAGCCAACCUUUCCACCGUUCGUACCUUAAUAGCCAAUAAAUGCAGCGCCAGAGUUAAAGAUAAGCGCGGGCAAUUAGCACUUCAUCGCGCCGCAGCUAUCGGAUCCUCACCUAUAAUCAAGGUUCUUCUUCAAGACGGGAAGAGCCCCGUCAAUGCCACGGAUAUGGACGGUCUGACUGCUCUGCACCAUGCAAUCUCCGAGGGCCACGGUGAAGCUGCGAUCACUCUGCUUAAGGCUGGUGCUGAAACGGAUAAGAAGGACGCCGAUGGCAAUUUGGCUAUUGACAUGGCGCCGGAUACAAGUGUAAGUAGUUCAUUCUUUCUCCGUAAACCAUCCUUUAGGCACUAA